AUGAGGCACAAACAGAACCAGCAGGACCCUCAGACCUGGACCAUCAGGACUCCCCUGGACCAUCAGGACUCCCCUGGACCAUCAGGACUGCCCUGCUUCCCCCAGUUUGGACCAGAUAAGUCGUUCAGUGUUUCCAGGAUGUGGAUGUUUCUGCUGAUGGUCAGUUUGCUGGACCAGAACCAGGCUGCUCCUUCCACAGGUGAGCGUGGAGGCAGCGUCCAGCUUAGUCUUCAACAACAAGGGGAACAGACCACCGUCAAUCUGGAUCUUCCUGACAUCGCUCAACAGACAACAUCCUCCUCCUCUUCAUCAUCAGCUUCAUCAUCAGAGUCAAGCCAGAGUUCAGAGGAGGUUCAACAGCUGAGAGACCGAGAGAACCUGGCUGUGGAGCAGAUGGACUCGUCUGAGGAGUCUCUCACUAACUCCAUUCUGUGGCUCAACGAACUGGUUUCACUGGGAGAGAGAGUGGACGAGCGACACAGAGACGACAGCGUGGAGAUACAGGAGCGAAGUAGACCUCAAACCACGGACAGAAUUCUGACAACGGAAGUGGGCGGGGCCACCACAGCACUUCAAGGGAGCGUCAGUCCAACUGUUGAUGGACUAGAGGGCGGGGCCAGAGGAGACGUCAACGUCGAGUUUGGUCGAUUGUUGGACGACAGCGUGGAGCGUGAAGAUGACCUGACCUUUGACGUGCCGGACCACGGCCAGCACAGUUACCAUGGAGACGAGGCGGAGCUAGAGCUGGGACUGUAACUGAGGCUCCUCCCCUGAACUACCAGUCAUUAUUUGAUACAUCACUGAUAUAAUUCACAUGUAGUUUAUCAUAUUUUUCAUUUCUUAACGAGAACCAUAACAAAUCUCAAUUCAUUAAAUAAAAUGAAUUCACUCGA